AUGUCGCCAACAAAUGAUGCUUCUCAUACCCCAAAACGCACAAGACGCAAUGCAGAUCCACGGAUGAUUGGUAGUUGGAAGUUGGGCAAAACGAUUGGAAAGGGAAGCUCUGGACGCGUCAAAAUUGCGCGCCAUGUCAAAACGGGCGAAUACGCUGCCGUCAAGAUUGUGUCCAAGCAAGCCCUUGUCACAUCUCGCCUCUCAAUGGCUGGCAUUAGCGAACACGCGGACAAGAUUCUCCUUGCCAUUGAACGCGAGAUUGUCCUCAUGAAGCUCAUUGACCAUCCCAACAUUUUGAGUCUUUACGACGUUUGGGAGACGCCAAACGAGCUUUAUCUCAUUCUCGAGUACGUGCCCAACGGCGAGCUGUUUGAUCAUCUCGUCGCCAAAGGUCGUUUGUCAAUGGAAGAGGCAUUGCAGUACUUUCAGCAAAUCAUCUCCGCCGUCGAUUAUUGUCACCGCUUCAAUAUUGCUCACAGAGAUCUCAAGCCUGAGAAUUUGCUCCUCGACCGUGACUACAAUAUCAAGGUGGCGGACUUUGGCAUGGCGGCUUGGGAAGGCGGCACAGGCAUGUUGGAGACAUCCUGUGGAUCACCUCACUAUGCUAGUCCAGAGGUCGUUCAAGGCAAAGCAUACAAGGGGUGUAUUUCGGAUGUGUGGUCCUGCGGCGUCAUUCUUUAUGCGCUCUUGGUCGGUAGACUCCCAUUUGAUGACGACAAUAUUCGCCGGCUGUUGGAAAAGGUCAAACGAGGUGCCUUUGUGAUGCCUAUCGACGUUCCUCUCGCAGCGCAGGACCUAUUGGCGCGAAUGCUCGAAAAGGAUGUUGACAAGCGCAUCACAGUCCAGCAGAUUCUAGUCCAUCCGUGGUUCACUUGUCGCUCGCCGAAGCCUCUACGUGCACCGAUGAUCCCUCCACCAUCACCCACUAGCAUCAUCCGUCCAGUCAAGUCUGUCACGGAUAUUGAUGCCGACCUCUUCGCAAGUCUUCGCACACUGUGGCACGGUACGUCAGACGAACAAAUUAUCGACGGCUUGCUGAACGAAGAGAAGACUUGGGAGAAGGCUGUCUAUCAUCUUCUGCUGCAGUAUCGUACCAAGAGACUGGAAGACUAUGGUGGCGAGUUCGAAACUCCUGUGCCACUGGUCCCAAAGGAGAAACCGUUGCCAGAAAGGCCGCCAGUGUCCCCUGUUCAAGAUCUGCCACAAGAUACUGUAUCGAAUACCAAGCCUCAAGAGUUAGCUGUCACUGCGCCUCUUCGUCUCUCAACUCCAGCAGGUCCUAGACCGCCUCCGGUCGUAGCCAAACAACAGAGCACGUUGAGAGAGAAGCCGCCUAUGACGAUCCGAAUUGUGGUCCCGGAUGUAGGACUCAACAGAGCGAUCUCAGACGACAGUCCAAAACUUCCUUCUAUUCCUUUGACCACUCUCGGAGGAAAGUAUCGAGCAGUUCUUCACUCGCAUUUACCACCCAAAGACGUUCGCCUUGCGGCCAUUGUUGUAGAGGACGACGACGGAAGGUUUGCUGAUGCUGAGGAUGACACCAGCAUCUCCGAACGUAGCUCUCCUUGUAGCAGUGUGAUGACACGCAAAUCAUCUGCCACUACCUCAGCGACCUCGACAACCUCUGGUCGAGCAUCUCCAGUAGGGCUAGGCAUCUCUACGCAGUUACGUGGGCACCCUGUAACAGGUCCAAGAGCCCAAGUCUUCAAUUCUUCCCGUAACCGGCGUCAAUCUAUCCCGGUAGGAGCUCCGUCACAGAGUACCGGGUCACCCAGAUCUAUGGACCAGAACGCAACUGUACCAACGUCCCAGCCUCUAGUGCACUCCUCUGAAAAGGAGAACUCGACUUCAGUGCGGUCGAAAGUGCGACCUAGAGCAGGAACGACCAGCACAACCACCAUCAGACCAGCUCCUGGGGGAGCUUCACUCGAAAGAAGACGCACUCUAGGAGAUCGGCAUGUUCAGAUCGUCCUUCCCGGUGAAGAUUCUGCGAUGCGGAAGAAUCAAACACAUCCAGGAAUACAUACCCCUCAAAAGGAGCGUAGGUCAUCCCUCUCCGCGCCUGUCAUUGAGAAGGCAACAUGGUUUGGAAAUCUGUUCAAGUUCAAGCCAGCGUCCUUCAACCUUCUCUCGGUCUAUGACAUGGCCGCUACACGAGAUGAAUCCAGGCGGCUCUUGACGGGCAUGGGCGUGCUUGUGAUGGUAGAAAUUUCGGGACAUCUUUCCUGCCAUUUUACUGGAGCGGUUGAUCCUUCUGGUGUCAUGGCUACUGUGAAACCUGCCAAGUUCAGAGUCGAGUUCCAUGGCGUGAUACGGUCGCAGUCAGUUUCUGGCUUUAUUACAUCCGUCCAAAUGAUCCAAGAAAAGGGCGCAUUUUCAACCUGCAAGCUACUAUACAAUCGUCUUCGGCGCGAAUGGGAACUGGAUGCUCCCGUCUCCAUCUUGAAAACGCCCAAGACCCCGGGCGGCUUCAAUGAAAGUUCAGCGUAG